CCGCCGUUUCCUUGAGAGCCGAGCGAGGAGGCAGGGGAGCGAUGCAGGAGCGCCUUGCUUGCCGCCUGGAUUAGGAACCAAUACCUAGAGAAAAUCCUAACGAACAAGGAAGAAGGGAGGAGAGAGAGAGAGGAGGAGGUUGCCGGGGGGAGCCCGCUCCAGUGGGCGAACAUCCGCUUUGAAUCGUGCCUCUGUUCCCAGGGAUUAGAGCUUGAAUGGGAGCAGCUUCCCGGCGGCGAUGGAGAGCGGAGGCAGCGGGCGCUGUGGGCACAAGGCUGCCUUCCAAACGGAUCCCUGAGGCUCCCAAGGGCUGCUCCRGCAGCGUCGUGUGAAGGUGCCCUCCUGCUCCUGGUCCCGGCAGCCGAGGCCCCUCCAAACCUGCUUCUGCAAUGGGUGGGUUGUAAGCACUGGUAAUGAGGAGCUGUGGGUCCAGUCAGUCUUGGAGAUGCCGAAGAGACGGGACAUCCUGGCUAUCGUGCUGAUAGUUCUGCCCUGGACACUGCUAAUCACCGUGUGGCACCAGAGCACCAUUGCUCCACUACUUGCAGUGCACAAGGAUGAUGGUGGUGACUCCCGGCGUGAUCUCGCUGCAGGCUUGGACUCCAAGGAAUACUGCUUGUCGGACCGGGACAUUGUGGAGGUGGUGAGGACAGAGUACGUUUAUACCCGCCCGCCCCCGUGGUCGGACACCCUUCCCACCAUCCACGUUAUCACGCCCACCUACAGCCGGCCGGUGCAGAAGGCAGAGCUGACGCGGCUGGCCAACACGCUGCUGCACGUGCCCAACCUGCACUGGAUCCUCGUGGAGGACUCGCAGCGGCGCACGCCGCUCAUCACGCGGCUGCUGCGCGACACCGGCCUCAACUACACGCACCUCAACGUGGAGACGCCCCGCAACUACAAGCUGCGCGGCGACACGCGCGACCCCCGCAUCCCUCGCGGCACCAUGCAGAGGAACCUGGCGCUGCGCUGGCUCAGAGAGACCUUCAACAAGAACAGCAGCCAGCCCGGCAUCGUUUAUUUCGCCGACGACGACAACACCUACAGCCUGGAGCUCUUUGAGGAGAUGCGCAGCACCAGGAAGGUGUCCGUGUGGCCCGUGGCCUUCGUGGGCGGCCUGCGCUACGAGUCGCCCAAAGUGAACGCCGCGGGCAAGGUGUACGGCUGGAAAACGGUGUUCGACCCGCACCGGCCCUUCGCUAUAGACAUGGCAGGCUUCGCCGUGAACCUCCGGCUCAUCCUGGCGCGCUCCCAGGCCUACUUCAAGCUGCGCGGUGUGAAGGGCGGCUACCAGGAGAGCAGCCUGCUGCGCGAGCUGGUCACCCUCAGCGAUCUGGAGCCCAAAGCUGCCAACUGCACCAAGAUUUUAGUCUGGCACACRAGGACCGAAAAGCCUGUGCUGGUGAACGAGGGGAAGAAAGGAUUCACAGAUCCCAAUGUGGAAAUCUGACUGUGCAUGGCCGAGCGGAGACCAGCAUCAGGAGAUUUCUCCACGCGCAGCCAGCGCGGCUCCUCUGCACAGCAUCCAGCCAGCGGUAGCCAGGACCUCUCCUGACCUCCAAGAGUUUUAUCGUUCUGAAAACAAGCAGCACUGCAUACAUAAACUGCCCGGCCUCCCCUUCCUCCCGGACUCUGAGCAGAGCCAGAGGCUCUGGAGCUGGAGAAAAAGCACAGCAAAUACCGGACCGACGUCGGCUUCAGUCGGGCUGCGCGGCUGGGAGAAGCGCGUGCAGGGCAUGAUGCACGAGGAGGAGGCCCAGUCGAGGCUGCGACGGCAGUCGAGGCUGAGGGGGCUGGUUUCACAGGACCUCAUUGCAAGGGUGAGAUUGCCCGCAGGAGCGUGCUGGCCCCGGUGACUUGUUUUUCCUGAGACACACGUACCUUGUGGCUAUGUGUGCAACCGCCUAAGCAGCUCUCUGUUCAUGGAGGGGACAGCUGCCUUCUGAGAUGGCACCUUAGCCCUUAAUUUUAAACCUACUUUAAUCAGUGUUUAUUUCAUUGCACAAGGCAGGAAGGUUUUGGGGGAGGGUGAAAAGCAAGGCAGGUUAGAACAAACCUCCAAGUAUUUCUGUUCUCUUUCUACCCCCUCUGUUUUCCCUUCAGUAGCUUCAUGGCCUGGAGGGCGUUCUGACAUAUCUCUGUGUUGCUGGAUCGAGUUACCUUUACAGAACGUGGUUCCCUAUUCACACUGGCUAAAUAAUUGGAGGUGGCUUUCAGUGAGAUUACUGUGGUCAUACAUGGUAACAGUUCAUUCGGGCUCAGAUCUUGGUUCUUUCUAGCCCUAAUUUUUUUCAUGUGUGGGGUUCUCUAAAGUGCUCCUACAUAAAGCCAAAUUUCAAUGCUUUAAAAAAAUAACCCCUAGCUAUAGCAGUUUUUAAGUGAUAAAAGGGGAUAUAAGUGCAUUUAACAUUGAACUAGAAUGUGUCCUUCAGCCUGAGCCCCUUUUUCAGGGCCAUGCCACCGAGCUAGUGGCGUGCAAGCCAGCCUGGAGCAGGUCAAGAAUUACCUUCUGAUGGAUAGAGAGGGAUCCUGUGCUUAGUGCUCUGUUUCUUCAGCGCCUGGCUUGAGGUAGGUUGAAAAACUAUCUAAGUAGAACGUUAGUCGCCUCUCCCCUGGUCCGUAACAGCAGGGUCAGAGAGCUUUGAUGCAGGGGUUUUCUCUGAUGAAACUGUGUUUUGCUCCUCAGUGAGACAGAUGACAGAGCAAUGCAGAAGAGGAACCUGGGUGCUACUACCUUGGUUGACUCAGUAUUUGAGAUUGACAAACUUGCUGAGGAAGAAAUUAAGGUAUAAUUUACCCCUUCUCCCUACCUCCAAUCCCUCUACAACAAUCUUCCCUCCCGCUUUGUAGCUGUUUUAAGCUUUUGAUCAACCUACACUGUCCCCAUUCUUUCAAAAAGGUCUGAAGCACAAUUUUACCUUUAAGUUAAAGGAAAAUAUAAUUCUGAAAAGAGACUCAGCUUUUUUACCCCUUAGCAUAUACAAUUACUAAAUACUAUAGAAGUGAUUGUUAGCUUUGCAGUGCAGAAGUCUCCCCUUAGACAAAUGAUAUAAUCUAUUUCAUAUCUUAAAAAAAAGAAAAAGGAUUUUUGGUAAGUUAUUUUCUCCUACUGUGUUUCCAAAUCAUUGGAGGAGUGUUGCAUUCUUUAGAGCCCAGUCAUGGAAGCCUUGCUAUGUAGCCUUUACCAAAACGUUCUGUCAGAGGCAAUGGCUGAAACGCUGCUUGGAUAGAAAGCACUCGAUGCUACUUGUCGCCAGCUGCACUUUGGGAACAGGCAUCAUUAUCUUGUAUUAAAGCAGGAGCUCUCUGCAUUUGAGCAGACUUACUCUAUUACUGUACUAGCACCCCAGGUUCAGCUCAGUCUGCAGACCCUGGGGUGGAAAGAGACACUUCUAAAGGAAUACCGAGUUUUCAUGCGACUCAAAUAGUUUCCAACUGACGUCCUCUUCUAGCUGCAUGUUUAGUUCCACUAAUGUUAGUUCUAGUCCCUGCUGGGUUGCAACCUUCCCUCCUUGGAAGGAAAAAACCUUCAGAAAAAAUGCAGAGGAUCAAGUCCAAAACUCAAUCCCGCGUAUACGCUCUGCUCUCCUCAGAGAACUGGUCACACAAGCCUGGCCCUUCCAGCUUGCAUGGAGGCUGUGUGGUCCUUGGGAGCAGGCACACAGGUUUACCAAGACCA